AGAGGCUGAAAUUAUCUCGGGUACAGUGUACAUGGCUCGCUAAACCAUAUGAACUGUGUUAUUUACCAUAAUAUUAAUUCAUUCUUAUGAGUACGAUUGAAAGAACUAUUUGGUUGUAAGCAAUAUUUUACAUGUGCGUAAAGUAUCGAGCUAAGGCUAAAAAUACAUUAUUACCAAAUUAGACUGGUUGUGUAAAUGAAUGGAUUUCAUUGGUCCACACUAGGCUACUACUAGCCUAGCUACGCAUAGAGUAACCUGCAAGCAGACAGCUGUCAAACCGUCGAAGCUUGGGUUUGACCUAUUUAGGCAAAAUGGCUGAAGCUGUAGCUAAUGUUGCUCGGAGGAUCAAUGCAACAGUAGAAGAGGGAAAAGAUAACCUGGAUUUGUCAAACUGCAAGUUGAUAAAUUUUCCAGACGGAGUCUUCAAGGUCCUGAGGAAUGUCACAGAAAACAUACACAUUAUCACACUGGCUGACAAUGAGCUGAAGGCAAUAAAUAAAAAAUUCUUUGCAACGUUCACUAAAUUGAGAGAGUUGGACUUGCAAGGCAAUGUCCUUACCAAACUACCAGACACUGUGGGAGAAUUAAAACAUCUAACCAGCAUCAACUUGUCCAGUAAUAAAUUCUCAGUCUUUCCUGAAAAACUCACUGAAAUACACUCACUCGAGAGAAUCAACCUGGAAGGCAAUGAUAUUACUGAAAUUCCAUUGGAGAAGCUGUCUGCAAUGCCAGCCCUAAAGCAGAUAAACAUGAAGGCAAACCCUUUGGAUAAAGACACUGUUAUUGCUAUUCAAUCUCCUCAACGUUAUGAAAUUCUAUCAACAGCUGACAUCUAGGAACUUUCACCUGAGUUUUGGACUUUUUCCCCAGUUGGAUUCCGACUGUAUGCUGUGCCUUUGAUUUUUUCUAUGGUCUAUAGUUGGGGUCAUUAGAAUGAAUCACCUUCCAAAAUC